AUGGACUACGAUUACAGGAAUCGACCAAGGCCUCCGUACGAAACACAGAAUCCGGCUAUUAGACCCACCAACAGCGGCCUCCACCCAUCGGCCCAUCCUAUGUACGGCCAUCCCUCGCUUUACCCUAAGGUCGGUCAACCGGCGGGUUCCUAUCCGAUAAAUGCUCCUCCUGCUGUCCCUCCUCGGAACACUUCUUUCAAUCAACCCCAUCCUCCGGCAUCCUCUCCUGGGAUUGGGAUUAGGGUUGUUUUGAAGCCAGAGUAUCGAAUUACCCCACCGCCUCCGCUGUCUCCUCAAAUUCGAGACAUUCCUCGAAGCAAUUUCCACUUUGAUUUUGAAUUUGAGAGGAAGGUUUUGGCCGAGGCAGAGAAAGAGGCCCCAAAUUGGAGCAGAUUGGGACUGGAAAACCUUCCGUCCAAACCUCCAGAUACUACACCGCUGGGAGCCACACCCGACCCCGUAGUGAACAAAUAUAUUGCAUCAGGUCUCGGCAGAGAGGCUGUGAGCGUAGCAGUAGCAAACUAUGGAGAUAAUCCAACCAAGGUUAAGGAAUUCUGUGAUGGUUAUUCUGCUUUGCUUGAAAUGGGAUUCUCACCAAACACUGUUGUUGAAGCCUUACUGAUGUAUGAAAAUGAUACCUCCAAAGCAUUGGCAUUUUGCCUAAACGGUUCGGCCUAA